UUUUUCCACCAAUGCUUUCUUGUUGAAUCUCCGCACGUGCUGGCACCGCAAAAACAAGUUAGUUGUAAUUUUACAUUCUUUUACUGUUUUUGACUGGAGUCACAACAUGAAGGACACUGAAAUCAAAGAAAACGCACAGGAUUCGGAGCGCCAGAAGUACGCCCGGGAGAAGCCGGCAGAUGCCAGUAGCGACGAAGAUGAAUACGAUGACAUUGAGGAUGAUGAUGACGAUGCGAUGGACGAAGUCGAAGAGCCAGUUACUUGUCUGUUUUGCGCCGAGGUCUUUCAGAAACUUGAAACUGCCAUUGAGCACUUGGAUGUUCACCACAAGGUGAACCUGUCGCAGCUUAAAGCGAAAUUCCAAAUGGAUCAAUAUUCCUUCAUCAAGCUGAUAAACUUUAUAAGAGCCAACAAGACAAGUGCCGAACAGAUCCUCUCCACUGAACAGGCGCUAUAAGACGAGAAGUAUCUUAAACCUCAGGAGUAUGAGCCCUGGCUGUGCUACGACUACGAAGCAUUGAAAACAGACGCUGCCGAUGCUCAGCCGACGGUGGCCGAGCUGCAUCAGCGGAUUGGCGAGCAAUCCCUGCUGCUCCAACAAGCCAACGAGGAUAUGGAGCGCAUGCGUAGCGACUACAAGGAGCUCCUACAGAAGGUUCAUGGAGACAGCAAAGCAGCCAGCAAUCCCGUGCCGCGCAAUAAUCCCAAUCUGGACAAAGAGUACUUCAACAGCUAUUCUCACUUUGGCAUCCAUCACGAAAUGUUGAGCGACAAAGUACGGACCAGCACCUAUCGCUCGGCUUUGCUUCAAAACGAGGCAGUGGUCCGUGGUAAGACUGUGCUAGAUGUGGGCUGCGGCACAGGAAUUCUAUCCAUUUUUGCCUCCAAGGCGGGCGCCUCCCGCGUGGUGGGCAUAGAUAACUCUGACAUCGUCUACACGGCCAUGGACAUUGUCCGUAAAAACAAGGUGGAGAAUGUGGAGCUUAUCAAGGGCCGCCUAGAGGAUACUGAUUUGCCAGAGGCCAAGUACGACAUUAUUAUUUCCGAGUGGAUGGGCUACUUCCUGCUGUACGAGUCUAUGCUGGACAGCAUCAUUUAUGCUCGCGAGCACCACCUUAACCCGAACGGCAUUAUCCUGCCGAGCCGCUGCACCUUGAGCCUGUUGGGCUACGGCAACGACACCCUAUACGCUGAACAGGUGGACUUCUGGUCGGAUGUGUAUGAUGUGAACAUGAGCGAUUUGCGCAAGAGCUCUAUUAAAGAACCGCUAAUGGAGGUGGUGGAUGCACAGUUCACGCUAACGGAACCCGAACAGAUAGCAAACUUUGACAUUAUGACUGUCGAUCUAAACUACCCCAACUUUAGUCACAAUUUUAGCUUAAAGGUCACUAAAGAGGGUCGCCUUUCCGCAUUUGUUGGCUUCUUUGACACACUAUUUGAGCUGCCCUCCGCCGUCAUGUUCAGCACAUCACCCAAUGAGACACCCACCCACUGGAAGCAGACGGUUUUCUUCAUUGACCAGCCCCAGAAUGUGAAGGCAGGAGAUAUUAUCACCGGUAAAAUUACGUCCCGGCGGCACAAGGAGGACGUCAGAGCGCUAAGUGUGGACAUCGAAGUGUUUGGCAAGAAACACAAGUAUAUGGUGGUCUAGUAUUGUGACUU